CGGUGUCGUAUGUUGGCGUUGUUCAAGCUUACCCUUGCCCGGAAGGUCUCUAUUCGGUGGAGGCCAAAUAAUUGCAUUUGUGGGCGCCAGUCGUGGCAAGUCGAUUGAAGCGGCAUUGCCGCAAAUCUUGCGUGUGGGAGUGUGGACAUUCUCGGUCAUCCUUGUUCGUGUGCAGCGUCCAUUUGAAACGAUUUGGUCGAGCGACGUUAUUGUUCUCUCCCAGGCGUGGAUGAAUUGCCAUGUUGAAUAUCAAUGGGCGAUUACGUGGUGACAGAGCUUAUAAGCUUCGCCAUAUCCGCGGCUGGCCCGGGCUCAAACAGUGCACGCUUCAAGCUCUUACUUUGCCUCAUAAACAGGACUCCUUCGCCAAUGAUACCUAAUUCGCGCCCCAAACACGGUGUGUACUGCCGGCUCCGCUCGCGUAUCGCACCCCUCUUCGCGCGCUCGCGUCCCGCUGGAUCUCAGUGCGUCGUAUCUGCGGUCCGCAACACUACGGUAGCUCUUAACUCGUCCGACGCCCGGGACGGCGAGUUCGAGGCUUCGAGUGUUACUGCAACGCCCAUCAGGAAAAAGCUCCUUUGUCAAUUGACAAGGAUUAACACAGAAAAGCGAAACAUGUUACCAAGAUGCGGGCCUUGGAGCAGAGGUUGUCGCACAGCUGGGCGCGCGCUAGCACUUAAUCGGCGCUCGAAUGUAUUUCGACUCCCAAAUGAUUUACGAAGACCGCCCGACAAUGUACGAAGUCGCGCAAGUAAAUUACUCAAACUUCUGUGAAGAUCGAAAGAAAUUACUGAACAGACACACUCUAUUGAAAAACCAGAACUAACCAAUAAUGCGCUACAGUCAGAUACAUAGAGGUAAAUUUGAUAUAAAAUGUGGUAUAGGUGUCUUUGAGUGAGAUAUAU